GUGGAAAUUCAUCUUUAAUUGUGUAUUCAAAUUAGAAAAUAGUUACAAGUUACAACCAUGAUUAAUGACAAAUAAAAAUAAACGACAAACAAAAAUAUGAGAGAACGACAAUAAAUGAUAAAAACGACAAUAAAUGAAUAAGUAUUUUUUUUAGGGGUGAAAAACAAUUAAAAAUGUGAAAAACGACAGCAAUUCAAAAAAAAAAAAGAGUAAAGAACGACAUUUUUAAAAAAAGAACACCAAACUACUCAAUUUUGAAAACGACAUAAAAAUACUAAAACGACAAUAAAGGAUACAAACGGACAUGAGUAUGAAAAACGACAGUAAAUGUAAAAAAAAAUAAAAAAGAAAGAAAGAAGGUGAAAACGACAAAUAAAAAAAUUACAUCAAACGACUGAAAUUGGAAAACGACAAUGAAUGGAUAAGAAAAACGACAUAAAAAUGAAUAAACGACAAUAAGUAAUAAGAGAAAAUUUGGAAAACGACAACAAAUCAUUAAAAUGACGCUAAUUUAUAAAAACAAUAUAAACCGAGUAAAACGACAAUAUGUAAGAGAAAUACUGAAAAACGUUAAAGGACAUAUGUGAUAAUUUCUUAUAUUAUAAAGGUCAAAAAGUGAAAUAAAUAUAUAAUAAAGGGCCAAAAUUGAAAUUAAAACAAAAACAAAAAGAUUUGGGGCCAAAAAAAAAAAAAGAGAGAGAAAGAGAAGAGAGAAGAAUCAAUGGCGGGGAGAGAGAGAGCAGUGGCGACUCUGCCGAAACUGAUAAGGAGUUUGAGAAAUCAGCCACCGAAGCCUAAGGUUUCAAUGCCCAUAACUCACCAACCACACAAUCAAAUGCUUCCUUCUCUAAGGCGAGCUUUUUCCCUCUACGAUCAGAUCAAUAUCAUCGACAACGUUCCAGAAGACCAGCUUCGUUUUCAAAGGUAUACGGAUACUGGGUUUACUGUCAAUGGUGUUGACUAUGAAGGUAGCUUGCUUUCUGUUGGUAAUUUGCUCAUGUCUUGGUCACCCAAAGAUUUAUCCCAAAUCACUCCUGACAGUCUUUCCAUCUUCAAAAUUGUGCGUCCUAUACCAGAGAUUUUGAUUCUCGGUUGUGGGAGGAACAUUGUACCAGUAGAUCCUGAACUAAAGCGCUUCAUACGAUCAACAGGAAUGAAAUUGGAAGUUCUUGAUUCAAGAAACGCUAUUUCGACUUACAAUAUACUGAACGAGGAAGGUAGGAUUGUGGCUGCUGCACUCAUACCCUAUGGAGUUUCUUCAUGAAGCAUUGAAUUUUGUUUCUCUUACCUUAUUCCAAAGGUUCAAUCUUUGUAAUAAUCUGAUUUUUGAGUAGUUUAAACUUUUUUGUUUGAAUGCUAACUUGGCAUUACUCUACUCGGCUGUGAUGUAUGAAAUCGGAUUUUGAGUAUGUUCAUAUUUCUAGUUCUACCAAA